ACUGCCGAUGGCUCCCAGCCCGGCGAGGUGAUUCCUGGCUCUGAGACCACCGAUGGUUCCCAGCCCGGCGAAGUGACCCCUGGCUCUGAGACUACCGAUGGUUCCCAGCCCGGCGAGGUGACUCCUGGCUCUGAGAUUGCCGAUGGUUCCCAGCCCGGCGAAGCGAUCCCUGGCUCUGAGACUGCCGAUGGUUCCCAGCCCGGCCAAGUGACUCCUGGCUCUGGGAGUACCGACGACUACAAGCCCGCCGAAGUGGUUCCCGGCUCUGAGACCACCGAUGGUUCCCAGCCCGGCGAAGUGACCCCUGGCUCUGAGACUACCGAUGGUUCCCAGCCCGGCGAGGUGACUCCUGGCUCUGAGACUGCCGAUGGUUCCCAGCCCGGCCAAGUGAUCCCUGGCUCUGAGACCACCGAUGGUUCCCAGCCCGGCGAGGUGACUUCCGAUGGUUCCCAGCCCGGCGAAGUGACCCCUGGCUCUGGGAGUACCGACGACUACAAGCCCGUCGAGGUGGUUCCCGGCUCUGAGACCACCGAUGGUUCUCAGCCCGGCGAAGUAACCCCUGGCUCUGAGACUACCGAUGGCUCCCAGCCCGGCGAGGUGACUCCUGGCUCUGAGACUACCGAUGGUUCCCAGCCCGGCGAAGUGACCCCUGGCUCUGGGAGUACCGACGACUACAAGCCCGUCGAGGUGGUUCCCGGCUCUGAGACCACCGAUGGUUCUCAGCCCGGCGAAGUAACCCCUGGCUCUGAGACUGCCGAUGGUUCCCAGCCAGCCGAAGUGAUCCCUGGCUCUGAGACCACCGAUGAUUCCAAGCCAGCCGAAGUGAUCCCUGGAUCUGAAACGGACGAAACCGUUGCUGGUGUCCAGCCGGCUGACUCGAUGCCAGGAGAGACCUCUACAGACCUGCCUGCCGGUGGAGAACAGGAACAGACUCUCGAGAGCGCCAGUCAAACGGAGGCCGAGGACAAGGAGGAUGGGCCGACGGCAGCAGUGCCCGGCGAAGGCUCGUGCCUGAUUGACGGCGUUACCUACGGAUCAGGCGUCUCAGUGCCUACCAGCAGCCAGUGUCAGAUCAGCUGCGUCUGCUCCAACUCGGUCAUGGAGUGCAAGACUCGCAGCUGUCCUGUUGCGCCCACGGGCAACUGCCGACCGUACUAUACCAAAGGGUCGUGCUGCCCCGCUUACGAUUGCAGUAACACGGUGGAGCCCCCCGUCACGCUGCAGUGUUAUCUGGACGGCGUGAUCCAUGACGAGGGUGACGUCAUUACUCAUCCGGACCCGUGCAAGUACUGCCUGUGCCUGAGCGGCGAGGUGGUGUGCGCCACGCAGGUGUGCAGACGGCCAGACGAGCUGGAGGGCAUGGACUGCCGCCCGCUGGCGGCCAAGGCUGGGCAGUGCUGCCCUUCCGAAUACUCAUGCGACAUCUCGGUGCUGGAGAGCCUGAAUCUGACGGCGUCAGAGCUGCCCGGCGGCGUGUCGUCUGGUUCUGUCGUCGUCACUACGGAAGGACCGGGCCAGGAGGUUAUCAGCGUCUCCACCGCAGCCCCAGACGUCCAGUCACCCUCCACGGAGGGCCCGGGCAUCGAACAGCCGAGCACGGAGAAGCCAGCAUCGACUAGUCAGGAGGGUGAGCCUGGUAGCGAGGAGGGUACCUACCUACCUCUGCCGGGCGAAGAUAACAUCCCUGGUCACGGCUCGCAAGAAACGCCCAUCGAUAGCAACAUCGAUGUUUCCGGAGGCAGUGGAGGACAAGGUGUGGACGACAACGUCCUUGGAAGUGGGGAUCAGCCAAUAGACACUGCUGAAGGUUCCAGUCAGACUAGCGAUGAAACCCUAGAGGGUGAAGACAAGCCUGUGGAGGGUGAGGAAAAGCCCACGGUGCCUACAACAGAAUCGGCUGAGGGUGAGGAGAAGCCCACUGAUCCCGCGGCGGGAUCUUCUCAGGUUGCUGUGGAGCCUGCCGAAGGCGAUGACGGAGCUGCAGAGGGCGAGACUAGUCCCACCGAUGCUGUUACUGGAAACACUGAAGGCGAGAACAAACCAACUGACCCUGCUUCCGGAUCUGACCAGGGUCCCGCUGACCAGCUGGUGACAGAGGGAAGUGGAUCUCUAUCUCAGCAAGGCAAUGAUCCCAAUACGGGCUCAGAACAGAUCAUUGACAACGAAAUCGAUAUUGAAGAUGUUCUGGAAUCCGUAAGCGGGGAGCCAGAUGCUGGUGUACAGGGAAGUGGUGAGGAUCCCGAGGAUUUCACACCCGAAUCCGUCGAUGGUGUUUCAGAGGCUGGUGAAGGACGUUCACAGUCCCGGCGAUCCUGUUGCCGGAGGGGUUGCCGAGGGUGUUGAUAAGCCAGUGGACAGCAAUGAAAAAC